CCAUAGCAUGUAAACAAGUAUCGAGGCCUGCUGGCUGAUAUCUGAUACGUUUGACACAGUUAUGGAAAGUAGCCCUUUAGGUCAGACAACAUGUUUAUCCUCUACGCUUUGCUGUGUAUGUGGAAAUGUACGCCCCUGCGAAAUUGCGGGAUCGUGGUUGCGUUUUGGAAACAUAAACAACUCUCCUACCUGACAAACCCAUCUAUUCGACGAGUCUCAUUGGCUAGUGUGGAGGAGUGGCAUAUAUAAUUUACGUUCGUUUUACUUAACGAGAAAACGGAAUUCCUGAAAAGGCACAUGAAAGUAGGCAAUUUAUUAAUAUUUUUUAAGCGUGGUAUUGAGUGUAUUUACUUGAGAUUUGGGUGGGAAAAAAUCCACACUCGUGCCAGUGUUGUGGUGCUGGGAGACAGAUUAGGGGUUGUGCGUUUCAGUUGAUGGCGCUCUUAACGUUUAGGGCCAUUCUCCCCGUUUUAUGAAUAUUCAUGACAUCAAUGGACAAUAAGACCAGCCCCCGCCGUGCGCUUACGUCAGAGAAUUACCAUCAUCAGAGGGAUCUCGUGGAACAGAAGAGCUUUCUGUACCUUACGCUGUCGUUAGGACCGUUGGUUUCGAGUAUUUAGAAGUAAACGGAUAAAGAAAGUAAGAUUAUAUAAAAUGGCUUUGAGAGGGACCCUGUCUCGUCUUCUGAGGACACAAUUCAGUACUACCUGUCAGAACCGCACACAUUCUGUGGCUGUCUUAGGAGCUCCGUUCUCCAAAGGACAGAAACGACGGGGAGUUGAGCAUGGACCUAAAGCCAUCAGAGAUGCCGGGCUGAUAGAGAGACUUUCAAAUUUGGACUACCCCGUGCAUGACUUUGGAGACCUGAGCUUCCAGAACCUGGAUAAGGAUGAGCCGUACAUGCAAGUCCCCUUCCCCCGCUCUGUGGGCAGGGCCAACAAACUGCUGUCCGAGGCUGUCGGCAGCGCCGUGGCAAGUGGCCACACCACCGUCAUGCUGGGCGGGGACCACAGCCUGGCUAUCGGCUCAGUGGAGGGCCACGCACGGCAGUGUCCCGAUCUGUGUCUCAUCUGGGUGGACGCCCACGCGGACAUAAACACGCCUCUCACGUCUCCCUCGGGAAACCUCCAUGGGCAGUCGGUUGCCUUCAUGCUCAAAGAGCUGCAGAACAAAAUGCCGGAGCUGCCAGGGUUUAGCUGGGUGAAGCCAUUUCUGUCAGCUAAAGAUCUCGUCUACAUCGGACUGAGAGACGUUGACCCUGGAGAGUACGACAUCCUGAAAGAGUUGGGGAUCCAGUGCUUCACAAUGAGAGACAUUGACAGGCUUGGCAUCCAAAGGGUCAUGGAGGUUACUUUGGACCACCUCUUGUCCAGAAAGCAGCGGCCGAUCCAUCUGAGUUUUGACAUCGAUGCCAUGGACCCUUCUCUGGCCCCGGCCACAGGAACUCCAGUAAACGGAGGCCUGACCUACAGGGAAGGAAUCUGGAUCACAGAGGAGAUUCAUAACACCGGGCUGUUGUCUGUGAUGGACCUAGUCGAGGUGAACCCAGUCCUGGGUGCGAGUCGUGAGGCGGUGGAGGUCACGGCUUCCUUGGCGGUGGACAUCAUUGCGUCGUCCCUGGGCCAGAGCCGCCAGGGUGGUCCGAUUGCCCAGACGCAAACGCUGAAAGACGACACGGAGCAGCUCCGGCUCUAGAACAACCAACCGCAUUCUAGAACCUUCUAGGACACUAAGGACUCCUAGGACCACUUGGCAUUCCUGAAACAAGGACAAAUACACAGAACAUGCAGCUGGAGUGAAUUUAAAGGGGUUUUUGUUGCACCUUCUGUGUGUAGACCUGUUUAACAGUCAGACAUCCAUCGUGACUAAACGUAAUGUAUGAUAGCUAGUAAGCCCUGUUAAAGGGCCGUGUGGCUUAUUUAUUAGGACGACCGGAUGAGCUGCAGAUCUGUUGGUGCGAUCAUGUCAACGGUUUGGCUUAACAGGGAGUGGCCGAACACAGUUGAGCUGGGAUGAUAAACCAAAACAUUAUGCACCAUACCGAACAUUACAAUAAGUAGCCUAUACUAGAGGAAUGUGAAACGAAACUUCAAACUAAAUACGGUUUGCUAAACUUCAUGGCUUCAACCAAGAAACUAGUAGGAGUUCAAAUGGUAAUAAAUAAGAUGGUGGCUCACAUUCUUGUUAGACAGUGAAAGUGUGAAAUGACUCUGCAUUGCAUAAAUUCAGGCAAUUAUUUAAUUAUAUGGAUUUUGGUCCAUAAUGGCUGGCUCUAAAACAUAGUCUCCAAAAAAAUGUGUAACCACGGUAUAAAAAGCCCUGAUCCAAAAUUAACUAUAAUUGAUGUGUCCAACAGCUGGAAAACCUGGCCUUGAAAACACAGGCUGUCCAUCGCCACGGUUUCAACUAUGGAUGUGUAUGAUUUGGUUAGUGCCACAUGUUGGACGCUAUCACCAAAGCUCAGUAUUUUAGAUUUGGUGCUAGCUCUGCUUUACGACAGGACUGUAUGAAUUUGUGUCAAACUGACUUAUCAGACUGUGCUGAUAUUAUUAUUCUGCUGAUGUGUGUCCAUGGUGUGAUUUGGACAAAACAAAUUGGCUAUGCCAGUUCAGUUAUUGUAAUGAAGCGUUAGCACUUUUGGACCAGA